AAUUUAUUGCACAAUUAAAAAAAUGAUAACUUAUAUAUUAUUAUCUGUUUUCAUUAAAUAUAAUAAUUUUUUUUUUUAUUUUGUUAUAAAAUACAAUUUCUUAAGCAUUUUUGUUUUAUCAUAUAUCAUGAUAUUUAUAGAAAUCGUACUUAAGUUUUGAGUAAAUUUUCUAACACAACUGCCAUCAAAUAUAGUUCAUUUGUAAGACAAGCAACCCAGGUUAAGAUUUUCUACCAAUUAACAGUCAUAUUACAAGCCGGAAAUUCAGUGCAUGUUCAAAAUUAAUUUAUAAUAUCUGUGUAAAAUUAAAUAAAAAUAUGUCUUUCUUACAAAAUAUUUUUAAACGUUACAUCCCAACUGUAAAGGCUGAAGAUGAAGAAAUAGUUGAUCCUCAAAAACUACUUCGUGAAAAAUGUUCAAGACUACCUAAAUGUAGUGCUAUGCAAGAUAAAUUAAACACUUGUAAUGACCGUGUUAAUUCAAGAAAACAAACUGAAGAAACUUGUAUGGAAGAAUUAAUUGAUUAUGUAGAAUGUAUAGAUCAUUGUGUAGCAAAAACGCUUUUCACCAAGCUUAAAUAAGGUUAUGAUUUUAUUAAAAAUGUGUGAUUUUUAUUAUAAAACAUGUUACAAAUUAAUUCAAUACAUUGUAGAUAAUAUGUAAUGUUAGGAAUAAAUGAUAAUAUAUCAAUAAAUAGUAAUUUUUAUCGAUA